AUGAAGUUCCUCGCAUCAUUCGUUGCCUUUUCUUCCCUGGCAAACGCACACUACACAUUUCCAGCGCUUAUUAAAGAUGGCGCUGCAACGACAGACUGGCAAUAUGUACGCCAAUGGACAGGUUACUACACCAACAGUCCCGUCACAGACGUCACCUCUCUAGACCUCCGCUGCAACGUUAACGCCUCCACAGCCAGCUCAUCAACCCUCGCCAUCCCAGCCGGCAGCACCAUCGGCUUCACCUCCAGCCCCGAUAUAUUCCACCCCGGGCCCCUCCAAGUAUACAUGGCAUCAGUCCCCUCCGGCCAAACAGCCGCAACCUGGGACGGAAGCGGCACCGUGUGGUUCAAGAUUUUCGGACAGGGCCCAACCUUCGGCACGUCGCUGACUUGGCCAACGCUAGAUGCUACGCAAGUCAACUUCACGGUUCCUGCGUCGCUCCCUAGUGGCGAGUACCUGCUCCGUGUUGAGCAUAUUGCACUGCAUUCUGCGAGUAGCGCGGGGGGCGCACAGUUUUAUAUCUCGUGCGGACAGGUCGAUGUUACGGGUGGGGGAACCGGGACUCCAACUGAUUUGGUGGCAUUCCCUGGUGCAUAUAAAGCGACUGAUCCUGGUAUAUUGAUAAAUAUCUAUUAUCCUGUCCCUACCUCUUACACUUUGCCUGGGCCAUCGGUAUAUGAAUAA